CUUAUAAUCUUAUCUGGUUUGUGAUAACUGAUAACACAACAGUUGUGUUGGACUUGGAAGAUUGUGUAGGAUCCUCUAAAAAAUCCAAACACCCCUUUCACUCUCUGUGUGCAAAUAUAACACUCUCGCAUCAAAUUUUGAUCUGAAGAUUCUUAAAUUGUGGGGAGAAGAUGUUGCAGUGUAUAUUUCUCCUCUCUGAUUCUGGAGAGGUGAUGCUAGAGAAACAGCUAACUGGGCAUCGUGUAGACCGAUCCAUAUGUGCUUGGUUUUGGGAUCACGUUAUUUCUCAAGGUGACUCUUUCAAGUCAAUGCCUGUAAUUGCUUCACCAACUCAUUACUUGUUCCAAAUUGUUCGUGAGGGAAUAACCUUUUUAGCCUGCACCCAAGUUGAAAUGCCGCCUUUGAUGGCUAUUGAGUUUCUUUGUAGAGUAGCUGAUGUCCUCUCCGGUUAUCUUGGUGGGUUGAAUGAAGAUUUAGUCAAGGAUAACUUUGUCAUUGUCUAUGAGCUUUUGGAUGAGAUGAUAGACAAUGGCUUCCCUCUUACUACAGAACCUAAUAUCCUUAGAGAAAUGAUAGCUCCACCAAAUAUUGUUAGCAAAAUGUUGAGCGUUGUGACAGGCAACAGCUCCAAUAUGAGUGAUACCCUUCCAGGUGCAACAGCAUCUUGUGUUCCAUGGAGAACAACAGAUGUGAAGUACGCUAACAAUGAAGUUUAUGUUGAUCUUGUUGAAGAAAUGGAUGCAAUCAUAAACAGGGAUGGUGUCUUGGUGAAAUGUGAAAUUUAUGGUGAAGUUCAAGUAAACUCCCUUCUUUCAGGUCUUCCUGAUUUGACUCUUUCUUUUGCAAACCCAUCUAUCUUAGAUGAUGUGAGAUUUCAUCCCUGUGUUCGGUUUCGACCUUGGGAAUCGCAUCAAAUUCUUUCAUUUGUGCCUCCUGAUGGCCAGUUUAAGCUCAUGAGUUACAGGGUUAAAAAGUUGAAAAGUACCCCAAUAUAUGUAAAGCCACAGCUUACCUCCAAUGAUGGAACAUGUCGUAUCAGUGUGAUGGUUGGAAUACGAAAUGAUCCUGGAAAGACAAUAGACUCUAUAACACUGCAAUUUCAAUUGCCUCCUUGCGUUUUAUCAGCCGAUCUGACUGCCAAUCAUGGAGCAGUGGACAUUCUUAGUAAUAAGAUGUGCUCUUGGUCGAUUGGACGGAUUCCGAAAGAUAAAGCCCCUUCAUUGACUGGAACAAUGGUGCUUGAGACAGGAUUGGAGCGUCUUCAUGUAUUUCCUACAUUUCAAUUAGGUUUUAGGAUUAUGGGCGUUGCCCUCUCUGGCCUGCAAAUCGAUAAAUUGGAUCUAAAGAAUGUACCUAGUCGUCUUUACAAAGGUUUUCGAGCUCUCACACGAGCAGGAGAAUAUGAAGUUAGGUCAUGAUAUCAUUUGUAUGGAGAUGACUUCUGUGUUUUGUUCUUUAUUUUUUAUUUUUUGUGAUGUAUUAUAUGUUGGGUGCUGAAGUCAUUCAUCUAUGGAGUUGGUGGUGAUUUAGAAUGAAUAUUUUUUCUUCUCACAAACUAAUUGUACCAUUGUCUUGAAAAAGCAAUAUCAUUAAAGAUUGAUUUUCCCUCUUU